ACGGUGGGCGGGGCCACGCCGUGACGCAUCCGUGCGCCGGUGGAGGGCCAAGUUUCCGGCUUGAGGAACCGUCGCGUUUCUGGGGAGACGCCUCAGCUGGCACUUACCACCGCAUUAGAAAGCAGCCUCAGGACCUGCCACCUCCAUCACUGGCGUCACCAUGGGGGCUGUCCUGGGUGUCUUCUCCCUCGCCAGCUGGGUUCCAUGCCUCUGCAGCGGUGCCUCAUGUUUGCUGUGUAGUUGCUGUCCUAACAGUAAGAAUUCCACGUUGACUCGCCUCAUUUAUGCUUUCAUUCUCCUACUGAGCACUGUUGUAUCCUAUAUCAUGCAGAGAAAAGAGAUGGAAACGUACCUGAAGAAGAUUCCUGGAUUUUGUGAAGGGGGAUUUAAAAUCCAUGAGGCUGAUAUAAAUGCAGAUAAAGAUUGUGAUGUGCUGGUUGGUUAUAAAGCUGUGUAUCGGAUCAGCUUUGCAAUGGCCAUCUUUUUCUUUGUCUUUUCUCUGCUCAUGUUGAAAGUAAAAACAAGUAAAGAUCCCCGAGCAGCAGUACACAAUGGGUUUUGGUUCUUCAAAAUUGCUGCCCUUAUUGGAAUCAUGGUUGGAUCUUUCUACAUCCCUGGGGGCUAUUUCAGCUCAGUCUGGUUUGUUGCUGGCAUGAUAGGGGCCGCCCUCUUCAUCCUCAUUCAGCUGGUGCUGUUGGUAGACUUUGCUCAUUCUUGGAAUGAAUCAUGGGUAAAUCGAAUGGAAGAAGGAAACCCAAGGUUGUGGUAUGCCGCUUUACUGUCUUUCACAAGCGCCUUUUAUAUCCUGUCAAUCAUCUGUGUCGGGCUGCUCUAUACAUACUACACCAAACCAGAUGGCUGCACAGAAAACAAGUUCUUCAUCAGUAUUAACCUGAUCCUUUGCGUUGUGGCUUCUAUUAUAUCGAUCCACCCAAAAAUUCAGGAAUACCAGCCUCGCUCCGGCCUCUUGCAGUCCUCCCUCAUCACCCUCUACACUAUGUACCUCACCUGGUCAGCCAUGUCCAAUGAACCUGAUCGUUCCUGCAACCCCAGCCUGAUGAGCUUUAUUACACGCAUAACUGCACCAACACUGGCUCCUGGAAAUUCAACUGCUGUGAUCCCUACCCCUACUCCACUAUCAAAGAGUGGGUCUUUACUGGAUUCAGAUAAUUUUAUUGGACUGUUUGUCUUUGUUCUCUGCCUUUUGUAUUCUAGCAUCCGCACUUCCACUAAUAGCCAAGUAGACAAGCUGACCCUGUCAGGGAGUGACAGCGUCAUCCUUGGUGAUACAACUACCAAUGGUGCCAGUGAUGAAGAAGAUGGACAGCCUCGACGGGCUGUGGACAACGAGAAAGAGGGAGUGCAGUAUAGCUACUCCUUAUUCCACCUCAUGCUCUGCUUGGCUUCCUUGUACAUCAUGAUGACCCUGACCAGCUGGUACAGCCCUGAUGCAAAGUUUCAGAGCAUGACCAGCAAGUGGCCAGCUGUGUGGGUAAAGAUCAGCUCCAGCUGGGUCUGCCUCCUGCUUUACGUCUGGACCCUUGUGGCUCCACUUGUCCUCACCAGUCGGGACUUCAGCUGAACCUCUGAGUGCCAAGGACACCACUGAAACUCACAAAGGUCUCCUUCACCGAAAACUCAUAUACCUUUUAAGUUUGCUUCAACUAAAAUAUUAAGUGAAUGCUUUGCAAGUUUGACUGUAUCCAGGUUUAUAUCAGAAGGUGAGAUUGAAUAAUGCUUGAUGCAGAAUCUAAACUUCUCAUUUAUCUGUAUAUUUUGUUUACUUUUAAGGAUAUAGCACAAAGGGAACAUUUUUUGUUUAAAGUGAACUACAGCUGUGCUGUGAAGAGAGUUCUUUAUAAAGCCUGUAGGUUCUUUCAACUUUGGUUUAAAAUGUAAGAUAGGAAAAUGUUGGAUAUUUGAGGCCAUGCUUAAUAUAUUUAUAUUGCAGUAUCCUUUAAAAGCAAAAAAAAAAAAAAAUGCAUUUAUAUUACAGUUUUCCUCUAUGAAAGUCCUUACUUAUAUGAUACAAGCACUCUGUUUUGUGCUUAAACUCUUCAGAGGGGUAGCAUCAAAGUUCUUGGGGAAGGAUUGUGUAUGUGGGUCCCUUCCCUAGAAGAAUGGUUGCUGAUUCCCAAGAAGAAUGGCUACUGCUUCUACAUCUUGAGUUUUUUAAUUUACUUUUUGUACACUGUAGUAUUGAUACUGCUUGAUUCAAGUCUGGUGCUUUGCCAGAUGUAUUAAUUUCAAUAAAUGCUUUGUGAGUUUGGUUAAAAUGAAGAUUCACUUGGGAAAACACUGCAGCUUUAGUUUGUGUAAUUAUCUUGUUAUGAGUAUGUAAAAGUAAAAUGCAUGUGAAUUAAUUAUAUUUGCACUACGAAGGUAUUUGGUUAAAAAAGAGUUUUAAGAUUUUAAUGCCCUUUCUUUCAACAACUUUUAUGAGUUCGCAGCCAUUCUUUAUUUUCUGGAUAGCCACGUUUUAUCAGGCUUCUAGUCUGGAUGCUCCUAUUCCUUCUGAAAAUUACGGUCUGGCUAGUGAGCAAAGUCUUGAAUUUAUUCAAAAGUUGUCCUAAAUAUCUUCUCUAGGUGAGACACUUGGUAGAUGAGAGACAGGGAAGGCAUUGUCAAGAAACAUUUUCAUGAGAGGUGGUAUGCAAAAAGGUAGAAUAAAAGAGUUCUUUCAACAAAGA